AUGAGACUUCAGAAACUUUCAGUUUCAGCAGAAUUAGCUACAACAAAUAACAGCUCAGAUGAACAAAUGCAAGUGACAAUUCAAAAAGAUCUCUUAUCAGAUACAGAAAUGCUACUAAGAGAUGAACUUGCCAUUUAUGGCUAUGGAAUACCACAUCCAUCAGCAAGUCAUAUCCCUAAAGCAGCUUCUUCUUCUGACAAAAAUAAAAAAACAGAUGGCUUUAUCACAGUCAUUAACAGAAAAACCAAGAAAGGAAACAGAACAUCUAAGAAAGACGAAACAAGAUCAUCUCUAUACAAAAAAACUCAUAGAGAAGCAAGCCACUCCUAA